UGUGCCAGCCGGGUCCAGAUUGCUUUGGUGAGGGCGGGGAAGUAGUGGAUGACUAGUGGAAGCGCUUGAAUAACACAAAACAACACAGCCGGAGAGCUGUGGACUCACAUGUCCGAGCCCCCGCUGCCCCACUCCCUCCCUACUUUUAUUUCAACCGCCACCAUCAUCAUCAUCAUCAUCACCGCGGGUGCCAGCUGAGGACAGUCGAGCGAACGCACGGCAGCGGACACCUGAGCGGAAAGCCGAGGUGGAGACCCGCUGGAGCUCUUCUGUCUGAGAUGAUGGACUCCUCUUCGGAUCUCUUCGAUGACUCCAAUCCACAAGUGCAUCCUUUCCCCCCGCUCUUCGCCAGCGCGGAAGCCCUGGGAGUGUUGCCGGGCGGUGGUCGACCUCCCCCGAGUGGCUUCAGACCGCUCGACUUUCCCCUCUUUCAGCAACACCUCGCCCGGUCCCGGGAAACCCCUCGCACACACGAGCCAGAAGAGAGAAGCGUGGAAGCCGGGGAAGGGUUGUCGACCGACGAGGAAUUUAAGAAGCGAGCGGGCGCCGAGUGGAGUCGGGACUUGGCGAGGGUGAAAAGGAUGAAGCUGGAGGAGGGCGGAGGAGGGAGGGAGCUCAGGAGGCGGAGGAGAGCCGAGUUGAAGGAGCAACUGGAGGAGGCCAGGGAAAGGUUGCAGGCCCUGCAGGAGAAAGUUCUUAGGGCCUUUGGGGAGAGCAACCUAGAUGAAGAAGAAGGCAAAGGGCAGGAAGAUGAGGACGUCGCAGCCGAGAGAAUGUUUGACGAUGAAGAAGAUCUCGAUGGAGAAGCUGUUGAAAACCAGCCCCUCUCUCUUAUUUAUGGCUUCAAGCAAAGAGAAGAGACACAACGAGACACAGAGAAGACAGGUAGAGGAGAUAUCAUGGAGGGAGUGGGAUUGUGGUUGGACUGGGACGGAGGAAUAAAAGACGAGGACGACGACAAGUUCGCCCAGGCCUUGAAGAUGGAGCUGGGCAGCGCUGUGGCCCGAGUCAUCGACCGCGUCCUCCGUCUGUACACCGAUACGCCCUGUUCGGAAGCUGGCGAGGGGGCGAGAGAAAGAGCCGAGGAGGAGUCCAGGGGUCCUGGAGGAAAUGAAGAAGACGCCAGGCGGGUCCAAACGACGAGCAGCUUGCCGCCUCUUGGCGUCCAGACGGCAGAUUUGGCAUUGGUCAGGCGGAAGUCACCCGAGCUUCAGAAGAUCGGCCCCCUCCUGGGACCGCCUCUGCAGAGUCACCCCGACCUUUCUCUUCAUCCCCCUCGCCCUCCUCUUCUCUUAGCCCCGGCGCCCCGAUCCAAGGACCCGCUUCCGGAGACGUCCCCGUCCUCUUUCCCUGCCCCUCCACUGGCCCUCCCGCUCCUCCAGUAUUCCAUGCAACAACUCUUCUCCCGUUCACUCCACCACCCGCAGAUGCCCCAUCUUCCCCCCUCGUCCCGCAAAGAUUUCCUCAACUCGGAGCCUUUCCUGGAGUUCCCUUCGCACCCUUCCUUUCCCCCACUCCCCCUGCUCAGUCACCUGGGACCCUCCCUUUUGCGCCACGCCCAUGCCGGCAGGGAGCGGGAAAGGGGGGUGCGCGGAGGAGGGAUGAUGGACGGAGGAGAGCUUUACCUGAGCGCAGGGGGAACUCAGGAGGGCUUAUCUCCUUGCCACUUGAAGAAAGCCAAACUGAUGUUCUUCUACGCUCGGUACCCAAGCUCCAACACACUCAAAACAUAUUUCCCUGAUGUCAAGUUUAACCGCUGCGUGACCUCCCAGAUGAUUAAAUGGUUCAGCAACUUCCGAGAGUUCUUCUACAUCCAGAUGGAGCGCUUUGCCAGGCAGGCAGUCCGCGAGGCUCUGAGCCGGGACGGUGCACCUCGCUUGGGCAGAGAUAGUCAGUUGCGAGUGGGCCGGGAUACAGAACUCUACCGUAUACUCAACAUGCACUACAAUAAAAGUAACAUCUACCAGGUCCCGGAGAGGUUUAUCGAGGUGUCCGAGGUGGCUCUGAGGGAGUUCCACUCAGCUAUAUGGACAGGCAGAGACAGCGACCCCUGCUGGAAGAAGGGAAUAUACAAAAUUAUCUGUAAACUCGACAGCGGCGUGCCAGAUGCCUUCAGACUGCCUGGUUGUCCACUCGGCUGAUGAUAAAAAGUUAGAAAUACAGUUGUGCCUUGAGAUACGAGUGACCCCUACUUUUUCCCCCCCGAUACGAACCGUUGUUUGCUAAUUUGUUUUUUUAAAUAUGAAAUACUUUCAAAGUCAACAAAACGCAUCCUCAGCAAAAACAAAACAAACAAACAAAAAACUACAGUGAUCCCUCGCUACUUCACACCUCAGCCAAUCGCGUUUUUUUUUCCCAAUUAGAACAUAAAUUAAUACAGUAUUUUAUUCAAAAAUGUUAAACUAUAUGCAUGGAUACUUGUACAGAUCAUUGUUUUAUUUUACUAGUAUAUACAUAUCUCUUAUUUAUCUCAUAAUUCUUACAUUUUCAAUGCUUAAAAACCAUUUAAUAAAAUAUAUAUAUUAGGGGUGUCAAACGAUUAAAAUUUUUAAUUGAGUUAAUUACAGCUUAAAAAUUAAUUGAUCGCAAUUAAUCGCAAUUCAAACCAUCUAUAAAAUAUGCCAUAUUUUUCUGUAAAUUAUUGUUGGAAUGGAAAGAUAAGACACAAGAUGUAUAUAUAUUGUACAUUCAACAUACGGUACAUAAGUACUGUAUUUGUUUAUUAUAACAAUAAAUCAACAAGAUGGCAUUACCAUUAUUAACAUUCUGUUAAAGUGAUUAUGGAUAGAAAGACUUGUAGUUCUUAAAAAAUAAAUGUUAGUUAAAAGUUAUAGAAAUUUUAUAUUAAAACCCCGCUUAAUGUUUUCGUUUUAAUAAAAUUUGUAAAAUUUUCAAUCAAAAAAUAAACUAGUAGCCCGCCAUUGUUGAUGUCAAUAAUUACUUACACAAUGCUCAUGGGUGCUGAAGCCUAUAAAAUCAGUCGCACCCAAGCGCCAGCAGAGGGCGAUAAAACUCAAAAAAUCUAUCUAAUCUGUUUGAGCAGGGCAUUUGUGCGUUAAUUGCGUCAAAUAUUUUAACGUGAUUAAUUUAAAAAAUGAAUUACCGCCCGUUAACGCGAUAAUUUUGACAGCCCUAAUACUGUACAUAUACACUGCUGCAUGGGCAAAAGUAUUGGCACCCCUGCAAUUCUGUCAGAGAAUGCUUUUUUCUCCCAGAAAAUGAUUGCAAUUACAAAUGGUUUGGAAGUAAUAUCUUCAUUUAUUUUGCUUGCAAUGACAAAACAUCAAAAGAGAAUGAAGAAAAAAAAUUAAAUCAUUAUCAUUUUACACAAAACUCCCAAAAUGGGCCGGACAAAAGUAUUGGCACCCUUUGAAAAAUCAUGUGACGCUUCUCUAAUUUGUGUAAUUAACAGCAACUGUUAUUUACCUGUGGCAUAUAACAGGUGAUGGCAAUAACUAAAUAACACUUGCAGCCAGUUAAAAUGGAUUAAAGUAGACUCAACCUCUGUCUUGUGUGUACCACAUUGAGCAUGUCUGAGGACUUGAGAAGCAAAAUUGUAAGGAAGCAUGUGCAAUCUCAAGGCUACAAGUCCAUCUCCAAAGACCUGAAUUUUCCUUUGUCUACCGUGCGCAGUGUCAUCAAUAAGUUUAGAGCCCACGGCUAACCUCCCUAGAUGUGGACGGAAAAGAAAAAUUGCCAAGAGAUUUCAACGAAAGAUGGCGCGAAUGGUGGAUAAAGAACCUCGACUAACAUCCAAACAAGUUCAAGCUGUCCUACAGUCCGAGGGUACAACAUUGUCAACUCGUACUAUCCCUCGGAGUCUCAGAUGAGACAAAAGUAGAGCUUUUUGGGAAAAGGCAUCAACAUAGAGUUUACAGAGGAAAAAAACAGGCCUUCAAACAGUGUUGUUUUUGGCAGCCAUUUUAAUUUUCGUCUUAGUCUGUUGGACGAUAAUACUUAUUAGUCUUAGUCAUAUUUUAGUAAAUUCAAAAUGUGUCUUCGUCUAGUUUUUCUUGAUGAAGACUUACACUAAUUUUGUCUAGUUUUAGUCGACGUUUACUCAAUAUUUUCGUCUGUAAAAGUUUCACUCCAAAAAUAAAAGGUUUCCAACUAUUUUGAAUGUACAUUGACAAACUAGCACAUAUUGUAGCAUCGACAAGCAUCUACAAAUCUAUCACGUGAUAAUACACACUCAGCAGGAAAACAUUAUUUUCAAUUCAUUAUACCCACCUGCAUGCCAUGAAUUGUAUGUAAAAAAAAAAAAAAAUGUCCGAGAGUUAAAAAGGAUGCUCGCUAUUAGUAAUAGCCUAAUGCUAACACGAAUGUGAAUGCUUUGCUAAUGCUAUGAGACCUUUAAAGGCUACAUCAAGAUAAAAAGACAAAUCCCACCACGUGUUUCUCAUAUCAAGCAAUGAGACUGGAGAAGACACCAGUGGGUAAGUUGGGGAGCGCAGCACGUUACAGGAGUGACACAACCCGACUGUGCUACGAUAUAGGCUAACUACACAUAAAAUGUCAGUCAUUGUGAACGUGACGGAAACAUGACGCAUUUUCGUCUCGUUUUAGUCUCGUCAGACGAAAACUGGCAUUCGUGUCGUUAAUGUUUUAAUCUCUCAAGACACAUUUUUAGCUAGUUAUCGUCUCAUCUUUGUCAUGAAAAAAAUUGCUCAUCGACUAAAUAUUUUCGUUAUAGUCAUUGUUGACGAAAACGACACUGCCUUCAAAGAAAAUAACACAAACAUGGUGGAGGUUCCCUGAUGUUAUGGGGUUGCUUUGCUACCUCUUGUACUGGACUGCUUGACUGUGUGCAUGGCAUUAUGAAGUCUGAAGACUACCAACAAAUUUUGCAGCAUAAUGUAGGGCCCAGUGUGAGAAAGCUGGGUCUUCCUCAGAGGUCAUGGCUCUUCCAGCAGGACAAUGACCCAAAACACUCUUCAAAAAGCCAAUACUUUUGUCCAGCCCAUUUUUGGAGUUUAUAAAAUCAUAAUGAUUCUUUUUUUAAAAAAUUCAUUAUCUUUUGUGUCUUUUCAUUGCAUUGCAAGUAAAAUAAAUGAAGAUAUUACUACCAAAACUUUUGUAAUUGCAAGGGUGCCAAUAUUUUUGGCCAUCGGGUAAGGUUGUUUUAGUUUUUUUUUAUACUUUGAACGGAAAAAACAUGUCUUUUAUGUAUGUCCCAAUUAACCGCGAAACCAAGGGAUCACUGUAUUAAGACAUGGAAUCCGUAUGUCUGUUAAUUUGCCAACCCUCUCGGUUCAAAAGGAUUGGACGUCUUACUCUUGACAAACGAGUAACACAACACAAAAACAGGUUUUCCAAUCAUUUCAUUGGUUUAGAAUACGAAAAACUCAUAUCUCAAGGCGCUGCUUUACAAAAUAGAAACAUAGAUGCAUGCAGUGAAAGCAUUCUAUCAAACAUGUAGGACUGUCGGCGCCACAUUUGACGUUUAAAACAGGACUUGUUGUUUACCAUUUUGGAUCGAAAGUAUUAUUUUGUAUCUUUGUACGUACUGUAAUACAUUUAGAAGUUAUUGGAGUAUAAUGAGGAAAUACGUCACAAAAUUGAGUAAAACAGUCUAAUGUAAAUGGUGGUAAAAUGACAUAUGAACUCUUAUGUGAAAGCAGGCUGCAGCGUUCUGUAGGAAUUUAUUGGUAUCGUAUUUUCAAGUGCAUGUUUGCUAUCUUUGUGGUUUGAAUUGUAACCCGUUGCGUUGCUUUCUAAAUGUACAGUGAGCGUAUUCUUGGAAUCUCAGGGGUAGACAAUAAGGG